UAUAUGCGCCUUUACUCGGAAAGCUUUAUGUUUUGUUGAUGUUCGCUUUCUGUGGUGUUUUUGGCAUUAUGCAGGAGUUUGGCUACAUUUAGGAUUAAUGCAAUUUCUACGAUAGUGUUCCGUACGUAGCCGAUUCUGAUAAGAAUCGUCUAUUUUUAUUACUCCCAGUGUGUGAAAUUGAUCCUGAUGGCGAAUGACCGACUGCGAGCUUUGGAAGAGGUUGAGAAUCAAAUUGCAACGAUUCUGCAGUGCGCCGGCAACGUUGUGUUGGAGCUGUCUAAAGACAAGCACAAUGCCAGUUUCCUGGACAGACAGCUCAGCCAGUUUACUGGAUCCGUCAACAGAGUGGAGACUGAGCUCAGCUCACAAAUCAGAUACCUCACACAGGUUGCCACAGGCCAGCCCCACGAGGGCUCCACAUACUCGGCCAGGAAAGACUGUCAAAUGGCCUUGAACCGAGCAGAAUACACCAGGGUCAAACUGGGAGAGCUGGGACGCACCUGCGAAGUUAUGCUAGAUCCACAACCCUGAGAAAACACACACGGUCGGUACUCGGGCAGAGCGCAGUUUCCAUCGCUCGCUGUCACCACGGUGUUUUAGGACCACCUGCCGAAGAGAGGUGGGGACUGAAAUACUUCAUUUUUGUUUUGUUUUUGUAUGAUAUCAGUCAUGUAUCUGGCAAUGUUCUGGAAUAAAGUUAGUGUUUCAUUACA